UUAGCUUCUUUGUAUAUUUUUUAUUAACACAUGUAACCCACAAACUAUAACAAAAUUUGAAAAAUUAAAAGAUAACAAACUAAAAUGGUGAUACCAAUAUAAGAAAGAAAAAUGAAGAACAUAGCUAUAAACAUGAAGUUGAGAGAGAACAAUGGUAGGCAGAAAAUAAGUUUACAAAAAUGAUUUUCAAUCAAUGAAUAGAGUUGGUAUUUAUAGAGGUUUAAAACUUCCUGUGUAGGCCAAAACUUCUUUGAUAAGCUAAAAGUCUUUGCAGAGCUCAAGGCACAAGACCCGUCAGUGCUGAAUAUCUCUGUAGAGUUCAAGGCUUCAAUACAGACAUGCUUUUGCAGCUACAAUGAGAUAAGUAUGAUGUAUUCUCUAAAGUAUUUCUUGAUGUUUCCCGCCAAAAUCGUUGAGGAUGGCAUUUUUUACUUCAGAUGGACAAUAUAGUGGAUUCCUUGACUACUGCCCAUCAAGAGUUCAUUUCUGCAGCAGCUAGUACAUUGGAAGCAAAGGAGAACUCAGGUGGUCAAAAAACUCCUGCCACUGAUACUGCAUUAGAGAAUUUCAAGCAAAGAUGGGAGCUUUUCCGAGUUGCUUGUGAUCAAGCUGAAGAAUUUGUGGAAUCUGUUAAGCAAAGAAUUGGGUCCGAGUGUCUUGUGGACGAGGCUACUGGCUCUGUUGCUCCUAAACCUGGCCAGCCUGCUCCAAGUGGUCUUCCACCGAUCAGUGCUGUUCGCUUGGAGCAAAUGAGUAAAGCUGUUAGAUUGCUGGUGAUUGAACUGCAACAAGGGUCUGGGGCUGGAGGUGGCACGUCGCAUCCUAACUCUGCCGCUCCUUUUGAUGCUAGAUUUACCGAAGAUCCUGCACAAUAGGUGAAACCAACCUCUGGUGCAAGAUUAUUCUUCUUAGCCUUUUCAAAAGAAUUCAGCGUAGGAAGAUAGGCAUUUAUGCCCCUGAUGUUAUCUAAUCCGGAUGAAGGUUCCAGUCUCCAGUCUGUGUAAUUAGGCAAAAUUGGCAGUCACGGCUAGACUGUGAUAUCUGAAAAUGAUGAAGAAUGAAACACACGGUCUGAAUGAUACUUGUGGCUUACUAUGUGUUGUUUGGGGAAGCAUUGAAACUUAGAUACUGUAAUGUUGUUUCACUUUUCUUGAGACAGAGCAACACCAUUACCAUUUACCAAAAGAGGAUGUAUGUGAUUCUGAUACUCCACUGUUUUUGAAGCCAUAUGUGUGAUAUGUGAAGUAAUUUGGCUGA